AUGAAUUUACCCUUGAAUCCCAAACACUUUCUCAAUGGUCUCACUGGUAAACCAGUGAUGGCGAAGCUAAAGUGGGGAAUGGAAUUCAAAGGCUACUUGGCUUCUGUAGAUGGAUACAUGCAGCUUGCAAACACAGAAUACAUAGAUGGUGCAUUGUCAGGACACCGUGACAUUAUAAUAUGAUGUAACAAUGUGUUAUAUAUACGCGGUGUAGAAGAGGAGGAAGAAGAUGGAGAGAUGCGAGAAUACGUUCAGAUUCGCCUUUGGUUUAUAUAUUGA